ACGGAAUGUGGAGAGGGAGUCGUCCAGGGAGUCUUCGAGAGGGUCAAUGCAUGGGCUGCACAUCACGGUUGGGACGACAUUUGAACUCGAAUCCUUGUUCAAGAAGAAAACUGAAAGAUACCUUAGAUCAGUUGAUGCUGCUAUAGGUAGAAUUGAAGCUCACUUACAGAAAUUUCAACCAAGCCAGUCCUCCUGCAUUCUCAGAUUUCAUCACCCAGUACCAAUCCUUCUAGCAGAUCUGUUUGUAACUGGUGUGCGAGGCGUGCGCAUCUCGACUAAUCAUCGCAAGUUUUGAGGACGGAGCGGAGCGGGCACAUAUACGCAGCAGAAGAGGGCUCAGCUUGCAGACGGUUGCAUAUGGCGGGCUCCUCAACCGGGGAGAUUGUGGCGGUUUCCCAGCAGACCCGCUUCCAUUCCUACAAACUGGAGUCCCUCUCCAAAGACAUCGAUCUCAAGGGGGUCCAGCUCUCCAUCGGCGACCGGAAGCUCCUUACGGACGCUGAACUCAAGCUCUUGUCCGGCGUCCGCUACGGCCUCAUUGGACGCAAUGGGGUGGGCAAAACCUCCCUCCUGAAGGCCAUCGGAUAUGGGAACCUCGUCGGCCUACCCCAAAACAUCAAGGCCUUGUACGUUGAUCAGCUUGAGAGCACCGACACCGAAGCCCGUGUCAUCGACGUUGUCUUGGCCAGCAACCAUGCGCUGAAAAUAGCAGAGAGGCAGGUGGGCCUCUUGUCGGAAGCGAUCGAGAAUGGUGACCCGGACACGGUGCUCCGGGUUUACCGCAGGGUUAGGCUUGACCAGCUGGUUGCAGAACGAGAGGAGGCGCAGAAAGUGGCGACAAAGAGGAGCGGGCAAAGGGGGCUCGAGGCGCGGGCUGCCCUGAUCGAAGCAGAGGCACGAGAAAAGAAGGCGAGGGAGGAGCUGGCGAGGGGCACGGCUGACGUGAGUGACGAGGAGAAGGCCCGCGCAGUGAUGUCAGCACAGGAGAUGCUGACAGUGGCGUUUGAGAGCCUGGAGCUGAUGGAUGCGGGGGCGGCUGAGGGGAAGGCGCGCAAGAUCCUGAGGGGGCUGGGUUUUAGGGUGGAGAGACAAGAUGGGCCGCUGCGGCUCUUGUCAGGUGGGUGGAAGGUGCGUGCCGCGCUGGCCCAGGCCUUGUACGUGGAACCGGACCUCAUCCUUUUGGACGAGCCCACAAACCAUUUGGACCUGCCCGCCAUCCUUUGGCUGCAGAACUACCUGCAGUCGCUGGAGAACACAACGGUGGUCAUCGUGUCCCACGACAGGGCCUUUCUGAACGCGACUGUGGACGAGAUUAUUGAGCUCAAAAAGGAGGCCCUGUUUUGCCACGUGGGCAACUUCGACGAGUUCGUGCAGAACGAGGCCGAGCGGCGCGGGCACAUGGAGCGGCUCAAGGCGAACGACGACAGGAAGAGGGCGACCAUCCAGAAGACAAUCCAAGAGAACAUCCGGCACGCUGCGCGCAGCGGGGACGACAAGAAGUUGAACCAGGUCGCGUCCCGCAAGAAAAAACUAGAGCGGCUGGGCCUGGAGGCGAACUCCAAGGGCCACAAGUUUAAGCUCAACCGGGACCGCCCUGGGUACCAUAAUAGCGUCCGAGACGAGAUCGUGGUCGACCGGGAGGAUCCCCCGGUCACCUGGAAGUUCCCUGAGCCGCCCGAACUGCGGCACCACGGGCCGGUGGUAGCGCUGGAGGGAGUCGGGUUUGGGUACGAGAGAGGUGGAAAGAAAAUCUUGAAAGACGUCACCCUCAACAUCGAGCUGGGCGAGCGCGUUGCCCUCCUCGGCGCGAACGGCGCGGGCAAGACGACUCUCGUCAAACUAGUUCUCGGGCUGUUGUUCCCCGACGCUGGGACCGUCACGCGGCCGCCCCAGGUGAAGGUCGGGUACUACUCCCAGAACCACGUGGAGGUUCUGCGCGCCGAGCAUGGCGCGCGGUGCGCGCUCGCGCACUUCAAGGAGGCCUUCCCCGGCGAGGGCGAGCAGGAGCUGCGCGCGCACUUGGGCGCGUUCGGGAUCAAGGGCGCGCUCGCGACGCAGCCGAUCGCGUCGCUGUCGGGGGGGCAGACGGUGCGCGUGGCGCUCGCGCACGCCGUGCAUUCGCACCCCCACUUUCUGGUGUUGGACGAGCCGUCGAAUCACCUGGACGCGGAGACGGUCGAGGCGCUCGUCGAGAGUCUGCGCGAGUUUGCGGGCGCGGUUCUUCUGGUGACGCACGACCAAUAUGUUGUGGAACAGGUGGCGACGACGACGUUCCUGGUGCAGAGGACCAAGCUGCAGCGGUUGGAACACGGGAUCGCAGAUUACAAGAAGAUGCUGGCUAAGAAGGUUGACGCGCUGCUGUAGGAAUGCCUGAGCGGCGGGCUUCAGAAUGUCGGUGAAUCGUGUCUGGUAGGGAAAGUGCUAUAUGCAGGCGAUAGUUAUGGCUGCGCGGAUGCGUUGGGUACAGUCAAAAGUGCUUGCUGAAACGUUGACUUCCAGACGACUUGGGGUGUAUUCUACACAAAUAGGUGGCUCCGACUUCGGGCUUCGGGCGAGUCAAAAGUCCUCUUGUAACAUAACGCAUAGAAAAGGCGCACGCGACGUACUGAUCCUUUGCAAGAAUGUAAGACAGUCGCAUCUGUUGAGGGAAUUCCGGUUACAGCUUCGCCGCCUGUGGCUUUAGUAGAGCAGCGGUUCCUGCGUAAAAUCCGUAGCCGAACCCCUCGUAGUCGUCUGAACCGUCUAUCAGGCCGUAUACUUCGUAGUCUCGGAUCAUGAAGCAUCGGGUCUAUCAGCAUUUGAAGGCGCCAGCCUGCGAACGCGGGCUGGCUCUCCGUACGGACCGUCUGUAGCACGCGGUCAGUUCACUACAGCAGAUCCGAUAAGCGAC